UGUCGAAGGGUAUAUAUGUGGAAUCGCUACAUCGAUGAUGUUCUCAUGAUUUGGCAGGGUACGACUGGAGAACUGGACUCCUUCAUGACUAACCUGAAUCAGAACCAGCUCAAUAUCCAUCUUACUUAUAAAUCCGGUCGAAGAGAUAUGGACUUUCUGGACGUUCUUCUACAGGUAGAUCAUCAUGGCUUCAUUUACACCGACCUGCACCGUAAACCCACUUCAGUGAAUAGUCUGUUACACGCCGGCUCUGCACAUCCACGGAGACUGAUUGAAGGGAUCCCUACGGGCCAAUUUCUGCGACUAAGACGCAUAUGCUCAAAUGACGAUCUGUUUGAAAAGCGCGCCCAGGAGUUGACCAAUAGAUUUAGAGAGAGAGGCUAUACUGAAUCCUCUCUGAAGAAAGGCUAUUUUAGAGCCAAACGAUCUGGGAGGGAGGACCUUUUACAACAACGUCCGAAGACAAAGAAAUCUCAGAACAACAUGGUACGCUUUAUCACUACCUACAAUUCAGGCCAUAAUGCAGUACUGCAAUCAUUAAACACACAUUGGAAUAUCUUGUGUAUGGACCCCAUUUUGAAACAACACUUACUUCCGAGGCCAUCCUUAACUUUUCGACGUGACAGGAAUAUACGGGAUGUUCUAGUCCACAGCCACCAUCAGGCUGCCACCCCCUCACGUAUUUUUGGAUCCAAAGGUCCCAAAUUGGGUUGUCGCCCCUGCGGUAAUUGUGUGGCAUGUGUCAACAUCCUUACUACCACCUCCUUUACUGAUUCCGCUGGACAGAAGAUCUAUCAAAUUACACAUACCAUCACCUGCAGCACCACCGGGGUGGUCUACGUUGCCAGUUGCCCCUGCGGGCUUCUAUAUGUUGGUCUCACAUCACGAGAACUGAGGCGUCGUACGAGAGAACAUGUGCUGGGGAUACAGUCAGCUGCGACUGAGGAAGAUGACACCGCCCUAAAGACCAUCCCUCGCCAUUUCAAGACAUACCAUGCCAGUGAUAGCUCUUUGCUCCAGAGGGAUUUUUAA